UGACGUCAUCCUUUCUCUCUUCCUCAGUUUCUAAACAAACAAAAUGGCGGCGCACGCCAGAUGGGCUCUUUACCAACUGUUAAGGCCGAAAAAUACGACUUGUAUUAGAUUCCUAGAUAAGCGUUCAAAUUCAUACCACCACCAGAUAUGGAAGAAGGUCUUGACCAGAACCACACACCUAUCAAUUCGACACAUUUCCAUCCAGACUCAAGACACUCCAAACCCCAGUAGCAUGAAGUUUCUCCCUGAUAAACCUGUGUUGGGAAGCGGGACAAUCGACUUUCCGUCUCAGAACUCAGCGGAAUGUUCAUCUUUAGCCAGGAACCUCUUUGAAAUCGAAGGCGUGAAAAGUGUGUUCUUUGGCCCUGACUUCAUCACAGUGACUAAAACGGACGAGGAAGUGGAGUGGACAGACAUCAAGCACAAAGCCGUGGAGGCGAUUGCCAAAUUCUUGGAGAGUGGCGAACCUGUAACAACAGGAACAGUGCACAAUGAAAGCACUGCUUCAGAAGAUGACGACGACGUUGUGUUGAUGAUAAAAGAGCUGCUUGACACCAGAAUCAGACCUACAGUUCAGGAAGAUGGAGGGGAUGUCAUUUACAAAGGCUUUUUGGAUGGCACGGUCAAGCUGAAGCUGGUGGGUGCCUGCACGGGAUGUCCCAGUUCUACGGUGACCCUGCGGAACGGCAUUCAGAACAUGCUGCAGUUCUACGUCCCAGAAGUUACAAUGGUGGAACAGGUGGAAGAUGAAGUGGAUGAAAUCAAUGCAAAGGUUUUCUCGGAGCUGGAACGUAAAUUACAAGAGUAAUAUAAAUGACAUUUGUCAGAGUAUAUGUGCUGAUUUAACAUGCAUUACAAUACUGCUGUGCUUAACAUUUAGCAAACACAAGAAAGAGGCGAGAAACCUUGAAGAGAGUAAGAAAAGUGUGCCUAUACUACGGUUAAAUUGGAAGUGAAAUUAGUUUUCACAGCAGAUAUUUUUAAGCAAUCAAAGGUAGCUUUGGGUGUUUGUCAACUCUCCCAAGUUAUUGAGUUAAACUGUUUAUUUUUAUGCACCUUUGUUAAAAAUAUCUGCUCUGAAAGUAUGUUUGUUUUGUUUUUUUACAUCCUGUAUGUACUUUGUUAUGUUUGUACACGGCUUGAGAUUUUCUGUCACUGAGUAAUGGCGAAACAUUUUUGGAUUGUAUUUAUUUUCUAUAUAUAAAUGUUGUAUAUUUUGAAGGCUUUACACAUUAGUGUAAUGCAGAAUGAAGAUAAAGUAUGUAAUUCCUGCUGUGUAUGUAAUAUAUAAACAGCUAAUCUUCUUGUCAGUUAUGUAUUGCAGAAGAAAAUGUUGUUGCGUCACCACAUGAACUGUAUUUUCACAUCUUAAAGUUCACAAUCGAAAAUAAUAAAUGUUCAAUACUACACAUUCA